UGACUGCAGUGGGCGGGGUCUUUCAAUACGAUGCAGGAAGUGAUAUGUUAUUACAGUUAAUGUGAACACUACAAGCUUUGUUUUCACAAUGUCUAAAUACGACGAAAUAUAUGAGAUAAAAACACAGAAGCAUCUUUGAAAACGUAAAGGGGUGCGGUGAAAUCAGGCAGGAACCAUCAUGUCUGAGCACAGUGACUCCAGUCUGUCGUCUGAGGAGAGGGUCCGUGCUCUCACCAAGCUGGGCAGCUCUGUAGACGUCAGCGAAGACGUGCCUCCCCGUCGGUACUUCCGCUCAGGGAUGGAAAUCAUCCGAAUGGCCAACAUCUAUGCAGACGAGGGGAAUGUCGAGCAUGCAUUCAUUCUUUACAAUAAGUACAUCACGUUGUUUAUUGAAAAACUUCCUAAACACCGUGAAUAUAAAACAGCCAACAUUCCUGAGAAGAAAGAAACUAUGAGGAAAUUAAAGGAAAUUGCUUUCCCGAAAGCUGAGGAACUGAAAAAGCUGCUUCUCAAGCAGUACGAAAAAGAGCAUGCCGAAUAUCUCGUCCGAAAGCGAGUGGAGGAUGAAGCCCAGGCUCGAGAAGUGGCCAAGCAGCGGGAGCAGGAGGCCGAGAAGCAGAGGCAGGCUGAGCAGCAGCAGCGUCAGCGCGAGCAAGAGCAGUUCAGCGCCUUCGAGGAGAUGAUCCGCAGGCAGGAGCUGGAGAAGGAGCGCCAGCGCAUCGUGCAGGAGUUCAGCGUCCCGCCGUCACCCAUCUCCCCCCGAGAUCUCCUGGUGCCCGACGUUCAAGGACCUCCACAGGCCUCGUUUCCACCGCCCACGAGCCCCGGAGGAACCCCGAACCACGUCUCUCAAACCUCACCCCUCCCAGCGUUUGACCGCUCUCUGAAGCCUAGCGUCCCCGUCAGUGCAGGACACAGCGCGCUGGUCAACGGCCUACGGCAGCUCUUUGUGCCGGCCGAGCUGUGCCAAAGGUUUUUGAAGCUCGCGGAUGCCAACACAGCAAGGGCCGUGGAGACCUGUGGGAUUCUCUGUGGCAAGCUGAUGAAGAACGCCUUCACAGUGACACACGUGAUCGUACCCAAGCAGUGCGGAGGACCAGACUACUGUGACACAGAGAACGAAGAGGAACUGUUCCUAAUCCAGGACCAGAACGAUCUCAUUACACUGGGCUGGAUUCAUACCCACCCGACCCAGACAGCCUUUUUAUCCAGUGUGGACCUGCACACACACUGCUCUUAUCAAAUCAUGCUUCCAGAGUCUAUAGCCAUCGUGUGCUCGCCUAAAUUUAAUGAGACUGGCUACUUUCGGCUGACAGACUACGGGAUGGAUGAGAUCUCGUCCUGCAAACAAAGAGGAUUUCACCCGCAUCCAAGAGAGCCGCCCCUCUUCUCUGCUAGUCAGCACGUCACCAUCACAGACGGGAGUGUGACCGUGAUGGAUUUGCGGUGAUUUCGUCGCUUCUGCUUCAAAAUACGUGCCUUUGCUCUUAACCUCACAGCGACUUGCCAAGAAGCUCCUAAUGGGCCGAGAAGGUCCGGUGCUGAGCAUUGCUACAAAAGACAGUGGGCCUCUAUUAUCACACCAUAGCAGUCUGUAUUUAUUAGUUUAAUUCUGUUAUAUCCACAUGUGACCAAUAAGAGCUUAAAGUUGAGGUGUGUAGUUUCCAGCCACUAAGCAGCAUUAAACGGAUUUGCAAAAAUAAGUCGUGACCUCAAGAGAGCGUACUGGAAAAAAAGAAAUGCAUGGCUUCUGUUUAGCUUCCAUUUGUCUAAAACUAGUUCAUUCUGUUCGAUGUUGAAGAAAUUACACUCUUCACCCGUAAAUAUUUCAGUGUUCCCUGCAAAAGAUUAUUUUCCAGACAUCAACACGUUUAUUUGAGAAACAAAAUGUUCGAAAUCAAACGAGUUCAUGCUUAAAACUAACAAAAUAUAUAGAAAUACGAGAUUAUUUUUCAUACCUGAUUGACAUUUUUUUCUUGCUUUAAGCAUAAAAAGCACUUGAUUGUGGUACAUUUUUUAUCUUAAAUCAUUUUAAUUCUCAAGCAAAUAUGUCUUGAGUUAAAAACAUUUAGAUAUUUGUGAUGGGAAAACUAGUCAAAAACGCUAAGAAAAUAAUUUUUUUGCAGUGCUGUCUUUGCCAUUCCAUAUUUUGGCCUUUUAAAAGAUUGAAGGCUUCAUGAUAUGGUUCAUGUGCAGGAUCACAUAAGCCAUCCACUUAAUAGCGUACUGCUUGUUACGUUAUAUUUGAAUAUGCAGUUGUUGUUGUUUUUUUUUUUAGCUCUGCCUCUGGUCAUACUGGGAAUGUUUCUUUAAGUUAAUUAAAAUAUCCAUGUACGCCAUUGCGAGCAGUUUCAGACAGACCGGCCUCUGUAUUCAACAUAACAGCAAAAAAACUGAUUUUUUACAUCUGGCUAUGAUUUUGUUAAUCUCUUACAAAAAUAGCUUCUUUAAUGUGUAUCAGACUGUUAUCAUUAAGGCAGAUGAUUAUAGGGAGCAAAGGCAUAUUCAUUUUAAAGCUCUCUUCAGCCUAACCGAUCGCUGUUGCUCUCCAUGACAUCAAAAGUGUUGUUAGUCUUGAUUCAUAUACUUUUCAUUUUUGAGGACUCCGAAGCUUUGCAUUACACUUAAAUGCAAAUGUAUCUCCACAUAUCUUAAAUAUUAUCUGCUAAGGCAAGGCACUACAGGGAAAACCAUUGUUAUGCUCAAUUUCGGGCUAGUUUGUUUCCACAGCAUGUUUAACAUCUUAAAUUAUGGUGAUGUCUGUUGGUGUCUUGUCUUAACUUAUAUUAAAAGCUUUGAAACCUAUCAUUCCUUUUAUUGCACUUAUGGUCUGAAAUAAACUGUUUAUUGCUUACCGUG